UUAUUAUGUGUGUGUGUUUAGUGACAGUCCAGAGCUCCUUUAAAGCCCUGACAGACACGUGCUCUCUCCUCAGUGUGGAAACAUUAAAGCUUCACAUUAACCAUGUUUAAACUUAAGUUAACAAAACAACCAAACUUCGACAACAAAACCCCACCCAGUUUUAUAGGGGCGUCCCCAUUGGCCGGCGUGUCUGUAAAUCCGUUCCCUCUUUAUUCGGCUCCUGUGAUUGGUCGGCGGUGACGACAAUCCUGAAAACGUGCUCCCGCCCACCGAGCAGGAUCAAGUUUGAAUGAACAACAGCAGUCUGUUCUGGAGGUGCUGGUUGCAUUUGCAGUAAUUAUUUAAAAAAAAAAAAAAAAGAAAAAGAGGAAAAAAAAAAAAAGAAAAAGAAAAGUGUGUGAUCGUAACCUCGGGGCGCCGCUCAUCAAGGAUGGACAUGAAGAAAAGAAUUCAUCUAGAGUUGCGGAACCGCACUCCGUCAGAUGUCAAAGAGCUUGUGCUAGACAACUGUCGCUCAAAUGAAGGCAAGAUCGAGGGUCUAACAGACGAAUUCGAGGAGCUGGAAUUUCUAAGCACAAUCAAUGUCGGACUGACGACAGUUGCCCACUUGCCGAAGCUAAAUAAACUCAAAAAGCUUGAACUCAGCGAUAACAGGAUCUCAGGAGGGUUGGAAGUUCUGGCAGAUAAAUGCCCCAACCUCACACAUCUCAACCUCAGUGGCAACAAGAUUAAAGACCUCAGCACAAUAGAACCAUUGAAAGAAUUGGGGACCCUGAAAAGUCUAGAUCUGUUUAACUGUGAAGUGACAAACCUGAACGAAUACAGGGACAACGUAUUCAAGCUACUACCCCAGCUCACGUACCUGGACGGCUACGACAAAGACGACAAAGAGGCGCCAGAUUCUGACGCCGAGGUUUACGCAGAGGGCUUGGAUGACGACGAGGACGACGAAGACGAUGAGGAGGAGUAUGAUGAAGACGCAGCACCGGGAGACGAGGAGGAGGAAGAGGGAGAGGAGGACGAAGAGGAUAAUGAGGAAGAGGAAGAGGAGGACCUCAGUGGAGAGGAGGAAGAGGAGGAAGAUUUGAAUGACAGAGAGGUUGACGAUGAGGAAGAUGAGGAAGAAGAGCGAGGUCAGAAGAGAAAAAGGGAUCUGGACGAGGAAGGGGAGGACGAUGAAGACGAUUGAGACUCCUCUUGAAGCUGAGUUGUGAACUGUUUUGAACUUGUAUCUCCCAGUCACUUCCCAACAACCCCAUGUAUUCCCCCCUCCCGCCCCCAGUUUCAUAUUGCAGUAGGAGUGGUUUUUGUUAUUGGCCAGUCAGGUAGACGGGGUUGUCUGGAGAAAUAAGUUAAAUUUAUGUACCUUUGAUGCUCCCGUGUUCCAGUCUUUACGGUCCACUUUUAACUGCUUUGUGGACAAUAAUUUUUGUAUUAUCAAAUAAUAGCAAAGAUAAACCUUUUUAAGAAAUGUUUUUGUUUUCUCACCGUUUGUGUAAGACCAGUUUCUGAUGACUUAUGUAUUUUAAGCCCCCCCCCCCCCUUCAAAAGAAAAAUACAAAAAGUAACAAAAAGAGUGCAUGUCUAAUACAUUUUAAAGUCAACUACUGGAUUUCAUGUAUGGCUGUCCUCUCCUUGUCUUAAACUUAUUUUUGCAUUGUAUUUUUUUUUUUCUUCGUUUGUUUGUUUUUUCUGAAAUGUAAGUUAUGUAUUUGUAGUGUCACCAGUAUGCCAAUACUCUCUGCUGUCCUGGUGUGAAACUUCUGUCUGAACAUGCACAGUGUGACCCCUCACAGGGCAUAUUUUUAAAUCAUAGCAAAAAAAUGUCUGCCCUUGUCAAAGCUGCUCCUCCUCCUUAAACCCUCAGCUUUGAUAGUUCGGAAAUUACGUGUUCUUGUAAAUAAUGACCAAAUCUAUUUUUUUGUAUUCUCUUUGAUGAUGGCAGACAUUGAACAGACAACUGAGGUGAAACUAUGAAUUGUAAUAAGAUAUUAAAUAUGUAUGCUGCUUUAUCUAAAAUACGCAGUGUGAAAUUUCUUGAAUUUGAACAUAACUUUGUAUGCAUAAUCUUUCCAUGAAGAGAAAUGUUACAACAUACAGAACUCAUGAUUGCUUUUUUUUUUCCUCCAUGUUUUGUUUUUUUUUUUUUUUUUUUUUUUUUUUUUUUUUUUUUUUUUUUUUUUUUUUUUUUUUUUUUUUUUCUGUGACACGCAGGUGGCAAUGUUUGAAUUUGUGGUGGUAGUGUAGAGAAGUGCUUGAUUAUAAAUGGAAAAGUUACAGCCGCAUCUUUAUGUGCAUUGAAAAUUUAUUGUUUUUCAAAGUGUAAACUCUGGAAAAAGGUCAGUUAUUUGGACUUUUGUUUUCAUGAUUAUACGUAAUGGUCAAAUUGGCCUACCUCAGUGAUUUUUCACUCCAUGUUAAAUCCACUGUCAUCAGCCAAAUUGUUUCUUUUUUCCCUCCCAUUCACUUCAAUAAAUCCCUUUUAUAUAU